GGCUCUGCAAAAAUGGGGGGGAAAAAUAAGAAAAAUCGACACGGCAGCUCAACAGCAGUUCAGGGAGCGACUGCUGCAGCUAACAGGCCAAGAGCAGCUGCAGAACCCAGACCCGGGGGAGAGGAUGCCGCAAAGAAACAGACCCCCAGAAAUUCUAAUGUGGCCCCUGGCAGCAAGGAGUCAAACAAACAAGGUCCCAAAACAUACAGUUUCGCAUCAUCCUCUGAUUCUGGUGUUUCUGUAAAUCAUGACAAAUCCGUUUUAAAGGUAGUGAUUGAAGCAAAGCUGGAAAAAAGGAUAAUUUCUCUUAUUAAUGAGCAUAAAAAGCUUAAUAGUAACAAGGGAACUGUGUCAGGAAGAUUGACUUCUAAGAAGUUACAGGAUCUUUAUAUGGCCCUGCAGAAACUUAGCUUUAAGGCGGAGCACAUUGAGGAAGCAAUGACAAACACAGUCUUGUAUGGAGGAGACUUACAUGCUGCAUUGGACUGGCUGUGCCUGAACCUCCCAGAUGAUGCAUUGCCUGAGGGUUUCAGUCAGCAGUUUGUGGAAGAAGAACAGAGAGCCCGAGCAAAGUUCCAGGCACCUCCUCAGAGGCCCAGUGCUGCAAAUGAGUCAGCAACAGAAAAGGGGGAAGAGGGAGCUUCAUUAAAGGGCAACCCAGAGCUGACCAUGAAGGAAUGGAUUUUACGAUAUGCUGAGCAAGGGAGUGAUGAUGAUGAUGAUGAUGAUGAUGAUGAUGUGAAGGAGGAAGAGAAGGAGACAACACUUGAGAAAUUUGAUCCUAAUGAGAGAUACCUGGAACUGACUGCCAAACUCCUGGAUGCCAGAGCUCAAGCAACUGCCACCAAGCAGGAUAAAGACAAACAGGGUCAGAAGGAGGCUCAGGAGAGAAUAAGGGGAUAUCAGCAAGAAAUGAAAAGCCUGGAAGAUCACCCACUGUUUAAUCCUGCUGUAAAAAUCCCAGAGGUGAAGAGUGAAAGCAAACAGCCAAAGCCAGCCUUGCCUCCUUCAGAAGAUGAACCUCUAAAUUUCAAUUUGUUUGAGAAGAAGGGAAAUGCCCCAGAGGAGAAAGCUAAAAAGAAGCCGCCUCUUGAUAUCCGGAACUUUGACUACACCUCUCGAAGCUGGACAGGUAAAUCGCCAAAACAGUUUCUGAUUGAUUGGUGCCGGAAGCAUUAUUCGAAAAGUCCAAAUCCAUCGUUCGAGAAGGUGCCCGUGGGCAAAUACUGGAAGAGCAGGGUUAAGAUUAUAAAAUCGCAUGAUGAUGUUAUGUGUGUGUGUCCUACAAUUGUGACAGAGGACAGUAUGCAGGCGCAACACCUCGCAGCCACCUUGGCUCUCUAUGAGCUCACCAAGGGCCAGUCGGUGCAUCAGUUGCUGCCUCCCACCUACAGGAAUGUUUGGCUGGAGUGGAGCGAUGCUGAGAAACAGGUGCAGGAGCAGAACAAAACGGAGUCUAACAAACCACGGGAUCAGUUUAUCACAAAGCUGUUAAACAAGCUGAAGGUGCAACAGAACCAGCUGAAGUCCUGUAGCCAGACCCAAAUGAUGGAGGACCCUGAGGACUCCUGGGAGAACUUGGCCUGUGAUGAAGAACAACAUGAGACAUGUCCCAGUCCACUGCUGCCUGAUGACUUGGAGCCCAUAAGGAAUAUUUUCCGGAAAUCCCGGGACUCUAUGAAGUACAAGAGGCUGCUAAAUGACAGGGAGCAGUUGCCAGUGUUCGCACGCGGAAACUUUAUCUUGGAGACCCUAAAAAGACACCGGGUUAUUGUGGUGGCUGGAGAAACCGGCAGCGGGAAAAGUACCCAAGUCCCCCAAUUUCUGCUGGAGGAUUUGCUCUUUAACGGGGGCAGCCCAGGAAAGUGUAACAUUGUCUGCACUCAGCCUCGGAGGAUCUCCGCCAUGAGCCUGGCCACCAGAGUCUGUGAGGAGCUGGGAUGUGAUUCUGGCCCUGGAGGGAAGAAUUCCCUGUGUGGGUAUCAGAUUAGGAUGGAGUCACGGACAGGGGAAGCCACCAGACUGCUGUACUGUACAACGGGAAUCCUGCUGCGCAAGUUACAAGAAGACAGUAUGUUGAAGAACAUCAGCCACAUCAUUGUGGACGAAGUACAUGAGAGAACGGUCCAAUCGGAUUUCUUGCUGAUCAUAUUACGUGAGAUUCUGCACAAGCGAUCAGACCUGCACCUCGUGCUGAUGAGUGCCACCGUGGACUGUGAGAAGUUCUCUAGCUACUUUACCCACUGUCCAAUCAUACGGAUAUCCGGAAGGACCUUUCCAGUAGAGGUUUUUCAUCUGGAAGAUGUGGUGGAAGCAACGGGAUUUGUCCUGGAACAAGAUUCUGAGUAUUGCCAGAAAUUCUUAGAGGACGAGGAAGAAAUAACUCUCAGUGUCACUGGCAAAGGGGGAAGCAGCAAGAAGUACCAGGAGUUUAUUCCUGCUCAGUCCGGCACUGGGCUGGAUUUGGGUGCACGCUACCAGCGCUAUAGCAGUCAGACACGCCACGCCGUUCUCUACAUGAAUCCAAACAAAAUCAACCUGGAUCUCAUCUUGGAGCUACUUGUUUUCUUGUCUGCCAAGAGGAGCCAGGACAGGAGAAGGUAUAAAUUAAUAGCCCUCCAUUCAAUCCUUUCCAGCCAAGACCAGGCUGAAGCAUUCAUACUCCCACCUGCUGGAACAAGAAAGAUUGUUUUGGCUACAAAUAUUGCAGAAACUGGCAUUACCAUCCCAGAUGUGGUGUUUGUCAUUGACGCAGGAAGAACUAAGGAAAACAGGUAUCAUGAGAGCAGCCAGAUGAGCUCUUUGGUGGAGACGUUUAUAAGUAAAGCCAGUGCCCUGCAGCGCCAAGGGAGAGCCGGGAGAGUCAGAAACGGGUACUGCUUCCGACUGUACACAAGGGAGAGGUUUGAGAGCUUCAUGGAAUAUUCUGUUCCAGAAAUCCUGCGAGUGCCAUUGGAAGAACUCUGUCUGCACAUAAUGAAGUGUGACCUUGGCUCCCCUGAGGAUUUCCUAUCAAAAGCGUUAGACCCGCCUCAGCUUCAAGUUAUCAGUAAUGCAAUGAGCCUGCUGCGGAAGAUUGGGGCAUGUGAACUGAGCCAGCCCAAACUCACCCCCCUGGGCCAACACCUAGCUGCCCUGCCAGUCAAUGUGAAGAUUGGCAAGAUGCUUAUCUUCGGUGCUAUUUUUGGCUGCCUGGAUGCAGUAGCGACUCUGGCCGCCACCAUGACAGAGAAAUCUCCAUUUGUUACACCUAUUGGGGAAAAAGACAGGGCAGACCUGGCAAAGUCAUCCAUGGCAGUUGCUAAUUCUGAUCAUGUGACUAUAUUCCGUGCAUAUCUGGGGUGGAAGGCGAUCAGACCAGAAGGUUAUGCUGCUGAAAUGAGUUACUGUAGAAAGAAUUUUCUUAACAGAAAGGCACUUCUAACUAUAGAGGAUGUGAAACAAGAGCUAAUCCGACUUGUGAGAGCAGCAGGAUUUGAGUGCCCCAGAUCCGUGGAGGCCAAUGGCCUUUCUAGCGCCAUGAAAGCCCUUUCUGCCGAAGAGACUUCCCUCCUAAAGGCCAUUCUGACAGCUGGACUGUAUGACAAUGUAGGCAAGAUCCUCUUUACAAAGUCCGUUGACAUCACAGAGAAACUGGCGUGCAUAGUGGAAACCGCACAAGGUAAAGCCCAGGUCCAUCCAUCCUCAGUGAACAGAGACCUGCAGAUCUAUGGGUGGCUUCUUUACCAGGAGAAGGUUAAAUAUUCCAAGGUGUUUCUUCGAGAAACCACACUCAUUUCUCCUUUCCCAGUGCUUCUCUUUGGUGGUGAUAUUGCUGUGCAGCACCGGGAGCGCCUACUGACUGUGGAUGACUGGAUCCAUUUCCAGGCUCCGGUAAAAAUCGCAGUCAUAUUCAAAGAGCUGCGUAUCUUAAUUGAAUCUGUUUUGAAGCAGAAACUUGAAAACCCGAAAAUGUCACUGAAAGAUGACAUGAUUUUGAAUAUCAUCAAAGAACUAAUCAAAACAGAACGAUAAGCCUCACGGGAAUUCUAAUGACUGCUGCUUCGUGGAACAAGGGAAAAGCGAGGGGGAUUCCAUUUCAAAUAUUGUACACUUUCGGGCUACACAAACAUUUCCUUUGUACACAAGGGCAGCUUUUCAGUGUUGCAUGGUGCAUUGAAGAGAUUUUCUCGUUAUUUUUUUCAUGAAUCUAUUUCAAUGACAAUGUCAGAUUUGCAAUAAAAACACAGUGCCAAAGCUGUUUUGCCUUUA